AUGUCUAACGUUUUCUUUGACAUUACCAAGAACGGUGCUCCUUUCGGCACCAUCAAGUUCAAGCUCUUUGACGAUGUGGUCCCUAAGACCGCCGCCAACUUCCGUGAGCUUUGCACUGGUGAGAAGGGCUUUGGCUACGCCGGCUCCAACUUCCACCGUGUCAUCCCAGACUUUAUGCUCCAGGGCGGUGACUUCACCGCCGGCAACGGAACCGGCGGCAAGUCGAUUUACGGUGCCAAGUUCGCUGACGAGAACUUUAACUUGAAGCACAGCAAGCCUGGUCUGCUGUCUAUGGCCAACGCUGGCCCCAACACCAACGGCUCGCAGUUCUUUAUCACCACUGUGGUUACUCCUUGGCUCGACGGCAAGCACGUCGUCUUUGGCGAGGUCGUCGAGGGCAUGGACGUUGUCAAGGCCAUCGAGGGCGAGGGUACCGGCAGCGGCAAGCCCAAGAGCCAGAUUAGCAUUGCCAAGUCUGGUGUGUGCUAA